AGUUACCAAAGAGUGUGUCCAUCAAAUCACUUCAAGUUACCUUAGCACCUUACUGCCAAAAUGAAGAUCAUCUGCCUUCUACCUGUUUUGUUCUGUUUAGUGAAUGGUGCCCCACGAUUAAGGUUGAACGUGGAGCCAGCUCCCCCACAGUUGCUGUCAUUGCCUAGCAACGCGACAAGCAUAAGGGCCGACAUAAGCGACUCGUUCAGCUGCGAGGGUCGGGAUUACGGUUACUAUGCCGACGUGGAAAACGAUUGCCAACUGUUCCACGUGUGUUUGCCCAUCACCUACUCAGAUGGCAGGAACCAAACCUUCAGAUGGAGCUUCAUUUGUCCGGAAGAGACUGUUUUUAACCAGGAAAUGUUCACUUGCACCAGAAGCGAUGAAGCAAUCGAUUGCUUGGAAUCUCCCAGGUUUUACGAGUUAAACAGGAACUUCGGAAACGUGGAAGAGCACUUGGACCACAGCGUUUUGGAAAAUUCUUCGGAAUAUUUGGAAGCCGUUUCAGAGGAAGUAACGACUGCACCAGAAGAUGAAGUGCAAGAAAUUUCACUGAACAUUUAAUCUGCUUUCAAAAAGUGUGUAUUAGGUUUUUCAAUAUUUUCACCAAAGAUUCCAUUUCGUUAAAAUAAGCUUGGCAGUUAAAUGGUAUAAAAGAUUUAAAUGAUCCUUUUUAACUGCUGUGUUAAAAUAAACGGUAUUGUUUUUAUAUAAAUAUUUACCAGGUUUAUGCCUUUUUCUAAGCGUAGUAUUUGUUUGGAUAAAUCAGCAGUAUUUAAAUCUCUUAUCUCAUUUUUGCAAUCUAUGUUUGAUCUCUUUUUAAACAUUAUAGGAAGAUCGAUCAACAAACAAAAAUAUUUGUUAAUAAUUUUUUAUUUUCGAAUGUUUUAAUCAAUAUAUAUUUUAAAGAGGAA